AUGUCACAACCUACCCCCAAGUCACCUGCUACCACAACAGAGGGUUUCAACGCCCGUGUUCUUUGGCCAGACAUGAUCAAGACGCCGCAGAACAAGUGGGUGUAUGCGCGUAAAGAAAUCGUGGACCGGUUGGGUAAUGAUCCUCAUUCAGCAUCUGAGCUGAAGAGGCGAAUGGAGAAGUGCUUGAUGUACUUUUAUGUGAUGAAAAAACAAUUGAAACUGUUCGACCAUACUUACACAGCGGCUUGCAUCCUGUUCUUCAGAUACUGGUUUGUUUAUGGGCUGCCGCCGAAUUCGAACGAAUGCAUCCAUUUAUCGCAAGCCCUGCUUGUGACAGCCUGCAAAACUGUGGAAAAUAACAGACCGAUUGACGUUUAUGUGAAGGGAACUGGCGAGUUUUUGCUAAAAGACGUCCCAACUGCUCGUGGGGGCCAGAACCUAGAAAAACUCAAAUGGGAGCUACGAGACAAACUCGUGGCCUACGAAAAACAGAUCCUCUGCCAACUUGGAUUUGACUUGAAUUUGAAUAACCCCAAAGAGCUCAUAGAGGAGAUCUUCAGCGGGUAUUUCCGCUACAACAGGGACUUCGAUAUGAGCGAGCAAUUCACAAAAGCGCUUCGUAACGUUAUUCAAGAUGCGCGUAAUUUUAUCAUACAGGCUGGAACUCAACCGGUAUCACUGCUCUGUGAUGGUUUCACUUUUACGGCGCUGGCAUUAGUAUUUUGCGGCUUACAGUUCAAGAAAAACGCGGAUCCAUCUUUCAAGUUCCCCAAAAACUUCUUCUCACAGCGAUUCCCUUUCAAAGCAACAUCGCAGCUGUUCGUGGAGCUGCUGUCCGAUUAUCGGAUUCUGGAACAGAAUUUCUUUGAUCUGAAGAGUAAUAAAGGAGAGAAAUUGCAAGUAACAAUAGAUGAGAUGAGUAAUCUCAUUGAAGAGGAUGAGAAUUUUAUUCAUGAUGAUUCCAACGGAGAGAGCGUUUAUGUCUAUGAGGAUAUCAAGGACGGGGUUGUUCGGGGCGAGCUGCUCAAUAGCAUAGAAAACCGUGUCAAAGAACUCACCGCGAGGAUAAUAGCUCAAAGCCAGGCGAGUGAGAAGCGAGAUGCAAUUGAGUCCGAUCAUGCAGAAAACGUGGCAAAGAGAAGAAAACAGUAA